AUGAACCCUGGUCCCGCACCUCGACCACCAACUGACCGACCACGCCUCAAUCUCACCCCUAACACCAACCUACCCGGAAGCAUGACAAACGUAGUCUCGUCGCCCAUUACACGCACCGCCGCUUCCACCUACACAGGCUCUACUAUCUCUUUACCACUAGCUCGCGAGCGAUCCAACCAGAUGGAUGGCCUAGGCGGUGUCGCCGUCAUCAAGGAGGGCUGGGCGCACGUGAAGGAGAGCAGGAACUUCAUCCAGCCCUGGAAGCAAAAAUACCUGAUUCUGCGCAAGGAGGCCCUCGACUUCCACAAGACCGAAGGCGGCAAGGUCUCGUACACCCUUUUCCUGAAGGAUGUCGUCAAUGUAGGGCGAGUCGAGGCCGCCGGCACCAUCUUCGAGAUCAAGAGACACACGAAUGGUUCUUCGAACAGCCCCGGCGACGACGACGGCUCGAUACGCACCUUGAACAUCAGGGUGAAGAGCGACGAUGACCUCUACGAUUGGAUCGACCUCCUCUACGGUCGGUGUCCCACCAUGGGCGGCGUGAGCAAUCCGACCAACUUCUCUCACGCGGUACACGUCGGGUUCGAUCCUCAGACCGGUCAAUUCGUGGGAUUGCCCCCCGAGUGGUCGAAGCUGCUGAACUCCUCUGCUAUUACCCAAGAGGACUACGAGCGGAACCCACAGGCUGUCUUCGAGGUCUUGGAUUUCUACUCCGACCUCACGAAGCGAGCAGACAACCCCCAACAGUACGCGGGUCCCACUCCCACGCCCCUCGGCGGCCAGCCGAACAAGCCGCAGCUCAGCUACGGAGGCGGCGGCGGCGCUUCUGUCGCCCCGCCUCGGCCGAUGCCGCCUUCGCAGCAACGGACCAACUAUGGCUCGCCGUCUCAGGCUUCCACUCCGCCGCGACCCAGCCCACCAGACAUGUCGCAGCGGCCACAGAUGCAGAGUACAGGGUCUAGCUACGGCCAGUCCCCGGACGCGGCACGCGAGGAGCAGCAACGUCAGAAGCAACUCGAACUCCAGAGGCAGCGAGAGAUGGAAGAGCAGAGCCGACGCGAAUUGGAAGCCUACAAUGCCUCUCUGCCGAAGAAGAAAGUACCUCUUGCUCAGCAGGAGAUUGGUGGAUACGGUGGCCCUUCGGCACCAGCAGACCGCUAUAAUCCUAGCCGAGCAGCUCCUCCUGCGCCAAAAGCCUCCAAUCAGCAGGUCAACGGUCUCCGUGCGCAACGGCCUGCUCCACCAGCACCCGGCUCAUCGAAUCCUGCGCCUGCAAACCGACCCGUGAUGACUCCCCAGUCAAGCGCGAGCUCUAUGCAAUCCUCCCAGUCGAGCCAAUCCGCUCAGCGCAUGCCGCCACAGCAAUCGUCGGCUCCUCGAUACCCGAACAACGGUAACGGCGCGUCGCAACCCCGGACGAAUGGGCAGGCUCAGAACCAGGCGGCGGCGGCCGCCGCCGCCGCGCGCCUGCCUGCUACUGUUAAGCCUCUUAAUGUCCCGGCGAAGCCUAGCCAGCAGCAGAGUGACGGCGUCAAAGCCGCAGAGGCCGCCCUUACGGCUAAGCCGUCCGCGGCGGAGCGGAAGCAGGAUGUUCGCAUGUCUACGAUGUCGGAGAAAGAAGUUAUGGCCAGGCUUAUCGAAGUCGUGUCCAAGGACGACCCCAACUUGUCGUACGCGAAGCAGAAGAAGAUCGGCCAGGGAGCUUCGGGCUCCGUCUACGUGGCAAAGGUCAAGGAAACGUCUCUUUCUCCCGUCGCUCGAGAGGUUCUCCGCUCCCAGGGCUCCAGGGCCCAGGUGGCUAUCAAGCAGAUGGAUCUCGCGCACCAACCGCGCAAGGAACUCAUCGUGAACGAAAUCAUGGUCAUGAAGGAUAGCAAACACCGAAACAUUGUCAACUUCCUCGACGCCUUCCUCCGCAACAACAAUGCCGAGCUGUGGGUGGUUAUGGAGUACAUGGAGGGUGGCGCCUUGACCGAUGUCAUCGACAACAACCCCGUCAUUACUGAGGAACAGAUUUCUACCAUCUGCCUCGAGACGUGCCGUGGAUUGCAACACCUGCACUCCCAAAACAUCAUCCACCGUGAUAUCAAGAGCGACAACGUCCUCCUGGACGCUCGCGGAAACGUGAAAAUCACCGAUUUUGGUUUCUGCGCGAAGCUUACCGAAACCAAGUCGAAGCGCGCGACCAUGGUCGGGACGCCGUACUGGAUGGCCCCCGAGGUCGUGAAGCAGAAGGAGUACGGCCCGAAAGUCGAUAUUUGGUCCUUGGGUAUCAUGGCGAUCGAGAUGAUCGAGUCCGAGCCCCCGUACCUCAACGAGGAGCCUCUCAAGGCUCUCUAUCUCAUCGCAACCAACGGUACCCCUCGCCUGAAGAAGCCCGAGAAGCUGAGCAAGGAGCUCAAGGCUUUCCUGUCCGUAUGCCUCUGCGUCGAUGUUAAGAGCCGUGCUUCAGCGGACGAGCUCCUCCAGCACGACUUCUUGAAGCAUGGUUGCCCGCUCGGAAGCCUCUCCGAGCUGCUUGCCUUCCGAAAGCACGCGAAAUAA